CAGCAUGACAGUGUGAUGGAUAGAAACAUACAAGGAUAUGGGAGCUGGAGGGAACUGGCUAAAGCCCUGGCAAACAGGAACAUCCCCGCUGUGGACCCAAACCUUCAGUUUUACUAUCCUCAGAAGCCAAUACAGCAGAACCAAGAACAGCAAAGAGGUGUGAGGAAUAGGUCUGUUUAUCCAGCCGGGGAAAUCUCCGUCCCUUGGAUCCCAGAGUACCAGGGUCAAGUCAAUCUCCAUGUGUUUGAAGACUGGUGCGGCAGCUCCAUUGAGCAGCUCAGAAGGAACCUCCACUUCCCACUGUACCCUCACAUACGAACCACAUUGAAGAAACUGGCAGUAUCACCAAAAUGGACAAACUAUGGGCUCCGUCUGUUCGGCUAUCUGCACCCUUUCACUAAUGGGGACUUCGAGUUUGCUAUUGCUGCAGAUGACAAUGCUGAGUUCUGGUUGAGUCCAAAUGAAAAGACCUCUGGUCUCCAGCUGCUGGCCAGUGUAGGCAAGACUGGCAAGGAGUGGACAGCACCAGGGGAAUUUGGGAAAUUCCGAAGCCAGCAAUCAAGGCCUGUGAGAUUAUCAGCAGCAGGCAAGUACUACUUUGAGGUACUGCACAAACAGGAUGACAAAGGAACAGACCAUGUGGAAGUGGCAUGGAGGCUGAGUGACCCAGAAACUAAAUUCACAGUCAUAGACUCCCAGUUCCUCUCCCUUUUCGCUAAUGAGACUCUCUUAAAGAUGGAUGAGGUUGGUCAUAUCCCACAGACACUGGCCAGCCAUACAAGCCCACCCACAGCCAACCUGGGCAACAUGGAACACCCAGCUGACAUGCUGAAGUCUGAUCCUCGGGACACUAUUUAUAAAGUGCCUUUGAUUAGUAAGUCACGCCUGCGCAGGACCCUACCCGACUGCCCUUACAAGCCCAGUUAUCUAGUGAAUGGAUUCCCACUGCAGCGCUAUCAGGGACUCCAGUUCGUUCAUUUGUCCUUUGUUUAUCCAAAUGAUUACAGCCGCUUGAGCCACAUGGAGACAGACAACAAAUGCUUCUACCAGGAGAGCCCAUAUUACCUGGAGAGGUUUGGAUUCUAUAAGUAUAUGAACAUUGACCAGCCAGAGAGAAGAAAUCUGGAGUUUGGGGAGAAAACGGAGCAGACAGGCUCUGAGGAAGGGAAUCCUGAUGAAUUUAAGUACAUGGACCAGGAUGCAAAGAGCACCAGUCCCCCAAGGAAUCCCAGCAAGUGGGGAGCAGAGCCAGUGGGAGUUGAGGCAAUCCCCAAUACAAUAGCAGGCUACGGAGACGUUUACAGUGACUAUUCCCUCCCGGGGCGUCGGAAGCUCCUCUUGCUUGUAGAUGGUAAUACGGGAGAGAGACUGCAAAAGAGAGGAGCAAAAAGGCCCCGCUUUAAGCCAGCUCACAGGACUUCAGCCAACCAAAGCAGCCAUCAUACUGGUCUAGAAAGAAAGCUACCAAGAAGGAGGCCCUAUCUAAAAAUCAAGGUCAAGGACAGUUCCAGAAACCCUCCUCGUCAUGUUAGGGACAUCCAUGGAAAGUUACUGCCCAAAAGGAGAGUGGGAGGCCAGGACCCUCCUUCUAUCACAAGACCUCAAGAGCCCUGGGAACAUACACCCAACAAUUCCAGGGAUUCUGCUGCCAGGAUUCCAAGGGAAGUGGCGCCUCUUGAGAAAUACCGUAAUGCAACCAGCCCCAAGGACCAGCCAGCAGGCAAUAUACAAGCAAGGAGACAAAAUCCAGUUUCUGGCAGAACAAGUAGUAGAGCUGUAAGUGCUGCCAGCCUUGGCAAGCAGACCCUUUACGAAGCCCAGUGGCUAAACCAGGUGGAGUCGUACAUUGCGGAACAGAAGGCAGCUGAUGGCAUUGAUGUGGAUUUGGCAAGAGAGCAGGUGGAGUUUCAGCCAGAGCCUGCUGAGCCAGCAGGAGAAGAGAAGGAGGAAGAAGUGGAAGGGGAAGCAGAGGGGGAGGGGGAGGAGGAGGAGAGAUUUGAGUACAUGCCAGCAUUUGAUCAGGUAGUAAACUGGGAGCAGACUUUCAGCGCAAGCAGCUUGGACUUCCACGCGCUGCGGACAGACUGGAUUGACCUGAAAUGCAACACAUCAGGGAACCUGCUGCUGAAAGAGAGGGAGGCCCUGGAGGUCACACGCAUCUUCAUGAAGAAACUCAACCAGAGAAGCAAAGGAGAUGUCACUGUUAUCUAUGUUGCAGGCUCUGAGGAAGGGAAUCCUGAUGAAUUUAAGUACAUGGACCAGGAUGCAAAGAGCACCAGUCCCCCAAGGAAUCCCAGCAAGUGGGGAGCAGAGCCAGUGGGAGUUGAGGCAAUCCCCAAUACAAUAGCAGGCUACGGAGACGUUUACAGUGACUAUUCCCUCCCGGGGCGUCGGAAGCUCCUCUUGCUUGUAGAUGGUAAUACGGGAGAGAGACUGCAAAAGAGAGGAGCAAAAAGGCCCCGCUUUAAGCCAGCUCACAGGACUUCAGCCAACCAAAGCAGCCAUCAUACUGGUCUAGAAAGAAAGCUACCAAGAAGGAGGCCCUAUCUAAAAAUCAAGGUCAAGGACAGUUCCAGAAACCCUCCUCGUCAUGUUAGGGACAUCCAUGGAAAGUUACUGCCCAAAAGGAGAGUGGGAGGCCAGGACCCUCCUUCUAUCACAAGACCUCAAGAGCCCUGGGAACAUACACCCAACAAUUCCAGGGAUUCUGCUGCCAGGAUUCCAAGGGAAGUGGCGCCUCUUGAGAAAUACCGUAAUGCAACCAGCCCCAAGGACCAGCCAGCAGGCAAUAUACAAGCAAGGAGACAAAAUCCAGUUUCUGGCAGAACAAGUAGUAGAGCUGUAAGUGCUGCCAGCCUUGGCAAGCAGACCCUUUACGAAGCCCAGUGGCUAAACCAGGUGGAGUCGUACAUUGCGGAACAGAAGGCAGCUGAUGGCAUUGAUGUGGAUUUGGCAAGAGAGCAGGUGGAGUUUCAGCCAGAGCCUGCUGAGCCAGCAGGAGAAGAGAAGGAGGAAGAAGUGGAAGGGGAAGCAGAGGGGGAGGGGGAGGAGGAGGAGAGAUUUGAGUACAUGCCAGCAUUUGAUCAGGUAGUAAACUGGGAGCAGACUUUCAGCGCAAGCAGCUUGGACUUCCACGCGCUGCGGACAGACUGGAUUGACCUGAAAUGCAACACAUCAGGGAACCUGCUGCUGAAAGAGAGGGAGGCCCUGGAGGUCACACGCAUCUUCAUGAAGAAACUCAACCAGAGAAGCAAAGGGAGAUUCCUCCUGCAGCGCAUUGUGAAUGUGGAGAAGCGCCAGGACCGCCUGCGCGGCAGCCGCUACCUGCUGGAGCUGGAGCUGCUGGAAAGGGGAGGGCAGCUCGUGCGCUUUUCAGAGUAUGUCUUUGCGCGGGGCUGGCCAGGCAUCAGCAGCAACAAGCAGGAGGAGAUGAACAUGAGGAACCUGGCAUGGGGCCGCCGACGUCAACUGAUGGGAGUCGCGAAUGAGCCGGACCUGUGCUGGCCUCUGGGCUUCUCCUGGAACCAUCGUGCUGUUGUCCACUUCAUAGUACCAGUGAAAAACCAGGCACGCUGGGUAUUGCAGUUCAUUUCUGACAUGGAGGAACUGUCCAGAGUUACCAAGGACCCAUAUUUCAAUGUCAUCAUCGCAGACUACAGCAGUGAUGACAUGGAUGUAGAGAAGGCUCUGAAAAGGUCCAGCUUACGCAGUUAUCAGUACUUGAAGCUGACAGGGAAUUUUGAGCGUUCUGCAGGGCUGCAGGCUGGGAUAAACCUAGUGAAGGAUCCACAUAGUAUCAUCUUCCUGUGUGAUCUCCACAUCCACUUCCCGGCUGGGGUCAUCGACUCGAUUCGGAAGCACUGCGUGGAGGGCAAGAUGGCGUUUGCACCCAUGGUUAUGAGGUUGCAGUGCGGUGCAUCUCCGCAGUGGCCUGAAGGCUAUUGGGAGGUGAAUGGAUUUGGUCUCCUAGGCAUAUACAAGUCUGAUCUGGAUCAGAUUGGAGGAAUGAACACCAAAGAGUUCCGGGAUCGCUGGGGAGGAGAGGACUGGGAACUCGUGGACAGGAUCCUGCAGGCUGGCCUGGAAGUAGAACGGCUCUCCCUGAGGAACUUUUUUCACCGAUUUCACUCCAAGCGUGGCAUGUGGAACCGACGACAGCUGAGGACACUGUAAUGUUUGGCCCCAAAGCUGCCUGGCAGAGCCAGCCAUCCUUGCAUCAGAGCAUGCACUUCGCCUAGGCACGCAGCCGAGAGUACCCACGUUUCUCUCUAGAGCCAUCAGAGGAGGUCAGACGUGCUUGUGCAAAGGGAUGAUCAGAAGCCUAGGAGUGGGAACUUACCUUUGGCACUCAUGAGCCAUUGGGUCCCAGACGCAGGAUCAGUGACUCUCUCUGUAUUUGAGGGAGCCUUGAACAAGCAAAGGACUGGUUACUCUGACACUGAUGCACCUGGAGCCCCUGCUGAUGGUACGAUAGGUAUGGUGGUGAGCAGGCUGGAUUGUCUUGCAUGGUGCAAAUUGAAGAAAAGGAAAACAUCCCAGUUACAACCAAAAUGGAUUAUUUACAAUAAAGUUGCUGCUUCUUUUGAUACUUGAAAAAAACUCUGAUACCCAUGUCUUUGGACAGGGACCAAAGGAACUUCUCUGAACUAUGUAGUGUCCUCAUCCUCAUGUACCUGCCCAGACGAGACUGAGGAGCUGUUAGGCACUUUAGGGUGCCAGUGUUUUGCCCUAUUUCCCACCCUUUCAUUUCAAUCACUGAGAAAAUCUACAAUCCUAUUCAACAAACCAUGGACUAUAUCUAGAAACGCAAAUAAUUUUCCCUUAGGAGAGACCUCAUUUGCCUACAGCCAGCUGGGGCUAGUGUUACGAGCCACACUAUGGGUAGCUGUUCCCUGCCUGAGGCUCAUGCUGGGUACUUGGACAGGGGAGGCUAUCUCACUAGGAACUGACAAGACAUAUCAGCAUCUGUAGGCCAGUCAGAUAAGUGUGUGUCCCAGUAACAGCUGGGAACUCAUAAUAGUGGAAAAUAGAAUGUGUCUUUGUCGAUCAGAAGAAGAAUUUUUGUGCUCCUUAGACCUGGACUAUCACACACAGCAUCUGGGGGUUAAAUUAAUAAGUUAUGAUUUCACAGGUUUUCUCCAUUGUAGAUGCUGUGUGAGUGAAGAGCAGUUUGUCUGCAUAGUAGAAGAACAGGAGCAGCUGAAAAUGCUGCAUUUAUGGAAGGACCGAAUAAGUCUUGUGCUGGCACUGGCGAGGUGGACUUAAGACCUGGGGCUUGCACGGAUGACAGGACUGUGGAAGUUUGGUGAUUGUACUUGUGAAAGGGUUUUGCAUUGGUGAAAGGAAUAUGAAAGGGACCUUCCUUGUUCAAACUCUUGCCCCAACCAAAGUCAGUGGUGAAACUCCUGUUGACUUCAGUGGGGUAAGAUUUCCCCCUAAUGCCUGGGUUUCAGUCCUUUCUCAUAAUUCAAGGAGUGCAGAGAUCCCCAACUUGGCUGAUAUGGACUAAAUCAGUGCUCUACCAACCAGCAACCUCCAGGACUGGGGAGGACAUGCUACACAGAGUGGAGCAAUGGUGAAAAAUGUCUUCAUAACUAGGGAAGGAACUGUUCAUGACUGAGAAAUAAAAUGAAAGUGAUUUUUGGAGGGGAAAGGAAGUGACAGAUGAAAAUUGGUUUUAGAAGUUUAAUUAUUUGGCAGCUGAUUGUUUCUUACUGGAAUAAUUGAUAUGCAUUGUUAGAUGCAUUUUCAGUGCCUGUCCUAUCAUGCCACUUUCUUCAGGGGCUUGUGCACAUACAUGCAGGGUUCAACAAAUCUCUAGCAUUUGCAGAUUCUCUUUCCAAACUCUGGAAUCCUUGGAACUGUUAAUCUCAUAGCAUGUCUGAACUGGCUCUGAAGAAAUGAGUAUGGAACGGGGACUGGCUGGCCUAGAAGCUAAGCAGCGGGAUCCAAUGAAUUAGAACUAGUACUGAGCACUUGUGAAGGGGAGAGUAUUGUUUUGCCAGUGGGGAAAGUGAAGCAUGGAUAGUCAGAAACAGCCUGCGGGUCUCGCUGUCCUAGAGCUAGUCAUAGAAACAGGGAUGCAGUCCUUGCUCCAUUAAUAGCAAUAGCACAACUCCCUUUGACUUCAGUGGGAUUAGGAUUUCACUUGGGAUCUUGUGGUGCUCACUCAGCUACACUCCUUUCUUUGUGCCUUUCAACCACAUUAGUAGUGAUCAAAAUUAGUAAGGGCUCUCUGUUGGUCUGUAUGAAAUGGGUGGUCGGGUCUUCAGUCCUAUUCCCAGAGGGCAAUUACGCACAGCACAAAAGCCACCAUCACCACUGGCACUAGCUGGCAGCCUCAGCAGAGUGUCCUCAGUAGGAAUUCUCUGUGGAGACUGAACCCACCUGUCACUCUGUGAAGUAGUCAGGAGAGGUCCAGGUUGAGACUGCCCCAGGGCAGUGGGGAAAGUACCUGCUCCAGGGCUGUCAGGCCAGCAUGAAUGCAUAUGAAAAAGUCAAGGGUUUAGCCCUAAGGUUGUUCCUCUGCACACGCACCCCAAUCAAAACCAAGAACUGAGCGGAAGCUAAGGAUCAAAGAUUCUGUCUCAGGACUGCUCUCUCUCUAUGCACUGAUGGGACAGAGGUGGGGCAUGGGGUUCUCCAUCAGAAAGGAGACAGGUCUUAGGAAUGACAGUUCCCCAAAGAUCAUAAACGAGUUAUGCAAGGAGGUGGCAGGACUCACCCCUGCAGUGCCACCUUGGGCAUUAGCUCGGUCCAACAACGCACCUUCCUCUAGUGAGGGGUGGGGAACCUUUUUUGCAUUGGGGGCCACUGACCCACAGAAAAAUCAGUUGGGGCCACACACAAGUGAGAAGCAAAAAAAAAAAAAAAAAAAAAUCUAACCCUCAUUGAUGUGGCCCCUGACUGAGAAGGAGAAAGACACUCCCCACAUUCCCCUUGCACACCUGGGAGCCUGAACUAGUAGAUUUGAUGUUCUCCAGCCCUGUGGGAGGAUGGCAGUGGGGAGGGGCUGAAGCACCAAUGUGGGCUCCCCAGUACUGGGGAGAGGGAGCCCUGGGCCUCAGGGGUGGAUCCAUGCAAGCUGGGAGCUGCAUCCAGUUCCCGGGCCUUAGGUUCCCCACCUCUGCUCUAGUUUAUCUCACCCACUGUCACUUUUGCUCUACCUCUGGCAACCACAUUGCUCCACAGUUCACAGCAUCUUCUUCAGAGCACAGCCCUCUGGCCAUGCCCCACUUGGUUCCUUCCCCGCUUCCAGAGGACCAACAAUCCUCAGUCAUAUCACCUGCCUUGGUGGCAAACUGAAAUCUUUGGUCUAGCCACUCUCCUCAGUGGUAAGCUGCAGUUUAUACCCUAGACACUCCCCUCAGUGGCAAGUCAGGGAGAAGGCCGAGCCCAUGCACUACUCCAGGGACCCUAUUUUCCAGCAGCCAUGUGCUGCCACUCCGCCAGCUUUCACUGUUUCCUUAGGGCAGUUCCCCAUAGCCCUAACACUUUCCUGACCCUUUAUAUCAGGGGUCUCAGGCUGGCAGUCCUAAGGCUGGAGCUUACUCUUACUCCCCUGUCUGCCCAGCACUGCUCUAGCUAAGGUAGCCUCUAAGGCAUCCAGCUCUUCUCCCUUGCACUCCAGGGAGAGACUGACUUGCUUUUUGAGGAGCCCUUCUUAUAUGGCCCUCCCUGGCCUUGACUGGCUGCUCCAACAAAUCAUCUCCUGAUUGGCUCUCUACAAGCUUUUUCCCAUUGGUUGGGUUUUGUGCAGCCUUUCUAAGGGCUGCUUUAACCCUCCACCUACAUGGGUGGGGCAACUGCUCCACCACAGGCUAUGGGACGCUUGGCUUUACCAAAGUGGAGAAGUGGGCCUCUCCAAAAACUUAAUCUCCUUUCCAUUGGUAUUAUUUGAUGGCAUCAGAUCCUUCCCACUGUCUUGUGAACUGUGGGACUGAGAUUAUUUUGCAAUCCAAGAAAGGGGUUGGAAUGGGUUUUACCAUGAAAUUAUCUAUUCUAUGAAAAUGAUGUGACUUUUUUGUAAUGAUCUGUAAUGUUUCCCUGAUAUGAAUGUCUUGCCUUCUCUCAUGGCUUAUAUAUGUCCGAAAUGUUAUCCAGACACCAAUGCUUUGUGUUUUAAUUCUGUACUGUACCUCUGAAUUCCACAUCUUAAAGUGGCUUUGUGCCUUAAAGAUGAUUCCCAGGCCUCCCCUCUAUUAGGAGGGGGGUAGCCUGGCACCCCAAGGGUUUUAUAAAGACAUUUUUUUCCUACAAAAGCUCGUCUGUCUAUGCGUUC